CCGUCCUCUUGUAGGUCUAUUUUUCGUAUGCACUUUGGCAAAGGGUUACUAAAGAUUUAACCACAAAAACACCAUUCGUUUUUAAGUCAUAAAAAAGCAAUUCGCUUUAGAAACGCUAGACGUCAGUAGAACAUUUUCCAGUGGAGUUUUUGUAUCCUGUUUUCCGGGAUAUAAAGUGAAACUCCUUGGUGAAGCUGACUUCAUGACUUGACUGUCCUGCUUUACUUUUAUCAUCGUUUCAUCACUACAGACUGUCAGGAUGUCAGCUGUGAGGAUGACAGAGGGGAGUGUGCAGGUGGAGAGCUGCAAAGUGCCACUAUUCUACAGACAGAGUGAACCUGCCGCAGGGGAAGUGAGGAUGUCGGUUUUACUCCUCCACGGUAUCCGUUUCUCUUCAGAGAACUGGCUCAACAUCGGCACUCUGGAAGCUCUUGCCAAAGCAGGCUGCCGCGCGGUCGCCAUCGACCUGCCAGGACUUGGCCGCUCUAAGUCAGCCGAGGCCCCGGCAGCGGUUGGAGAAUUGGCCCCUGCAGGUUUACUGAGAGAGGUGUGUGAGCAACUGAGCCUCAGCCCGGUGGUGGUGAUCAGCCCUUCGCUCAGCGGGAUGUACUCCCUGCCCUUCCUCCUGCAGCACCAGGCUCUGAUACGAGCCUACAUCCCCGUUGCUCCCAUCUGCACCGACAAAUUCACAGCAGACCAGUACCAGAGUGUAAAGGUCCCAUCACUGAUUGUUUACGGGGACCAGGAUGCUCAGCUUGGAGAACUGUCGCUAAGCAACCUGAAGAACCUGGCCAAUCACAGCGUGGUGGUGAUGAAAGGGGCGGGUCACCCUUGUUACCUGGACGACCCGGACACUUGGCACAAAGCUCUCACCGACUUCCUGAAGACGCUGUGAACCCCUUGCUGUGCGAGGGAAUCUCAACAAUCACACAUAAAUAACUCAGGGGAGCCUCACAAUUAUUAAUCAAUAUUAAUUAAUCAGAAAUGUGGGCCACAGACGCCUGCACAGCUUGAUUAAGACUUUGUGUGGCAAGAAUAAAACUGGAAAUAACGAGUGUUCUAAUGUUGAGAGAAGAUGACAAAACACAUUUUGAGAAACACGCUGAUUCCCUUAGUGGCCUUAUAUUUCCUUUGUAACUGGUAAAGAACAAGUCUCCCCCAGUAUCUCGACUGAAAAAACAAACAGCACACACUGACAUGAAGUGAAAAAUAUGAACAUUAUUUAAUAACUGAUUCUCUGUAAUAAACAAUUUGAAAAUA